AUGGUGUCCGUCAUGUUCGUGGGCCACCUCGGGGAGCUCCCCCUCGCCGGCGCUUCCCUGGCAGCGUCGCUCGCCAACGUCACCGGCUUCAGCCUUCUCGUCGGCAUGGCGGGCGCCCUGGACACGCUGUGCGGGCAGGCGUUCGGGGUGAGGCAGUACGGCCUCCUGGGUGUCUACAAGCAGCGCGCCAUGCUGGUGCUCGCGCUCGCCUGCGUCCCCAUCGCCGUGGUCUGGGCCAACGCCGGCCAGAUCCUCCUCGCCGUCGGCCAGGACCCGGACGUCGCCGCGGAGGCCGGCGCGUACGCGCGGUGGCUGAUCCCGUCGCUCGCCGCGUUCGUGCCGCUCACCUGCCACACCAGGUUCCUGCAGGCGCAGAGCGUCGUCGUGCCCGUCAUGGCCAGCUCCGCCGUCACGGCGCUCGCCCAUGUCCCGGUGUGCUACGCGCUCGUGUACAGGGUGGGCAUGGGGAGCAAGGGCGCCGCGCUCAGCGCCGCCGUCUCCUACGGCGUCAACUUGACCCUGCUUGCUGUCUACGUCAGGCUGUCCAGCGCUUGCAAGGCGACGUGGACAGGGUUCUCCACCGAGGCCUUGUCUCUCUCUGGCCUCCGGGAAUUCGCAAAGCUCGCUGUCCCGUCGGCGAUGAUGGUUUGCUUGGAGUGGUGGUCGUUUGAACUGCUCGUUCUGCUCUCUGGGGUUUUGCCAAAUCCUAAACUUGAGACUUCCGUCUUGUCAAUUUGUUUAUCAUCUUUUCAUUUGCUAACUGAUUUGCUAUAUAUACUUGUUUUCUCCUCUCUAUCUAGCACACGCGUCUCCAAUGAACUGGGUGCAGGGCAGCCUGGAGCAGCGAGGCUGGCAGCGCGAGUUGUGGUGUGUAUGACCUUGUCUCAAGGGGUGGUGCUGGCAACCAUCAUGAUUCUCCUGCGCAACAUUUGGGGAUACGCGUACAGUAGCGAGGAGGAGGUGGUUACAUACAUUGCGAGAAUGCUUCCCAUCCUUGCUCUUUCCUUCUUGGUCGAUGGCCUUAACGGUUCUCUUUCAGGGGUAAUCACAGGAUGUGGCAAACAGAAAAUUGGUGCUCGCGUUAACCUCGGCGCGUUUUACCUAGUUGGCAUUCCAACAGGGGUGUUGCUUGCGUUUGUGUUCCAUCUAAAUGGAAUGGGUCUUUGGCUUGGCAUUGUGUGUGGAAGCAUCAUCAAGCUAGCGUUGCUCCUGUGGAUUACACUGCACACAGAUUGGGGGAGUGAAGCUAUGAAGGCCAACGACAGGGUCCUCAGUUCGUCAGUGCAAACAAAGUGA